AUGUUUCUUCAAUAUUUUGUUCUAAUUAUAGUACUUGUAAAACCUAUUGAAAUGCAAAAAGUAUUGGAAUUCUCUUCAUUUACAGAUGACACUUUCACAGAUUUUGAUGGUUGGAAUUUAGUUGUUGUUGAGCAAUAAGGAUCAGGCAUUGAUAAACCUCCUUCAGUCACUUAAAGUUAUUUUGGGUUUAAUUCAAUAUUUUGGGACCGAUCUAAUAAUAUUUUUAAACCAUUUGGAACUCAUAUGCCAUAUCAAGGAAUGAUUAAAUAUCAUAAUAAUCUGAAGCCUCAUAAAGCUUUGAUUAUUAGUUUUCAAAUUUACAUAUAUAAUGAUUAGAUAUACCCGACUGGAGAUUGCCAUGUGUAUUUUAAUAUUGAUGGGCUAAAUUAAUAUCAUAUCUAUACGAUAUUUAGUCCAAAAAAAAGGUUAGCAAUAUAGAAUACAGAAGUCACGAUGACUCAUAGUGCUUCGUCUGCAUUUAUAUAAUUUGCUGGUGUAAUAACUGAUUCUAAUAAAGUCACCUAUGGAAUUAGGGAUUUUAAUUUAUACUCAAUUCCCUGUCCAAAUAAUUGCUAACAUUGUUCAAGAUAAGACAAAUAAGAGUAUGAAUGCAUAGAGUGGUCGCUUUCUUUUGAAUCUUUGUUAGAAAUAGACAGAAAUAUUUUUAAUAGCGAUGGUUGGUCAGUCAUCUAGGAAUCUCCAAGCAUGUAAAUUAAAAAAUCAACUAAUUGUAUGAGUGAAAAUAUAAAUUCAAUGCAGAUUCUUGGAUAUCUGGAAAUGUAGGACAAAAUGAGAAGAACAAUUAUUUUAGAGCCUCAUUACAGAAUUAAAAUAUAAUAUUUACACAUUGUACUUGAAUAAGCUGUUGCCCCUUCAACAUAUUGGCAAGGAUAAUUAAAUGGUAAGACUAUGUUUCUUGUUGGAUUCUAAACCUUUGUAAGUUCACCUGAAAUUUGUUCCAAAUUGAUUGAUAAGACUCGAGGGGAUUUGGUUUCAUAGGUUGAAUAUGAAGCUUUUCAUUAAGAUACCCUAGUUGAGUUUUAAACAUCAGCAAAUUAACAAAUUAUAGGAUGGAAAACGAAAUGGGGUAUUCGAAACUUUUAGGUUUUUAUUAAAAAAUGUCAUUCUACUUGUUAGAAUUCCUGCUUUGGUCCUAAAGAGACUUAAUGUGAAAAUAGUUAUUAUUCUAAAUUCAUUUUAUUUGCCAAUAAUCUGAGAUUAGCUACUCUCAGUGAUGAUGAGGAUUGGCAGGUAGUGACUCCAUUUUAAUUUACUUAACCAAAUGAAUGUAAUAAUUAGGCUCUACUUGGUGGAUAUAAUAAUUUAUAAGGAAAACAUUUUCUUUAAAGUGUUUAUGAUUUAAAGACUCAUGUUAAAAUAGGUUUAUCCUUUAAAAUAUACUACAUUGAUUAAUUCAAUGAUGACAUUUUGUAUGUAGCUGUUGAUGGCAUUGUUGUAUACCAAUAUACAAUACCAUCCACAGUUGAUCCAACUAAGGAUAUGCCAUAUUGCGGAGUGUACGCCAAAAUUGAUUAAGUGAUGAAGAUCACUAUUACAACCAUUCUUCAUACAAGGUCUUAAGCAAUUAUUGAAAUUUACACAAACCAACCAAAUACUUCAACAGGCUAUUGGGGAAUAAGAGAAUUCAUAUUAACUGUUAAUGGAUUUCCUUACUUGAAAAAUCUGAAUGUAGUAAAGUUUUCUAAUGCAGAAAUAACUCCUUGGAAAAUUAUCUUACAAAAUUCACCAAUUUGGUCGUGUGGUUCUAAAUAAAUUGUUGGGGGAUCAACAUCAACUGCCUUAGAUUAGGAUUCAUUUUUGAAAAGAUAAUUUCUAAAUCUACCUCCACAUAUCCAGAUAAGAAUAAGUUUUUCGAUAGUGACAAUUUAAGCUUCCCUCAGGGAGACUUAAUUUAUUUUUACACAAACAAUUAAUGAUGAAAAAAAAUAGGAGUAUCUUGAUAUUGAAGAUAAGAAAUUCUGUGGAGGCACUGAAUAUACUCAUAAUUUUAAAUUUGAUUAUAUUUUGGAUAAUUCAGAUGAGAGCAUCUUUAUGAUAUUUAAAAUGGAAUAAUUGAAUGUUGGAGAAUAUUGGGGAAUAAGAGAUUUCUAAUUAUCACAUAAUAAUGUUAAAACACUUUGA